AUGUUUCUCACAAGAUCUGAAUAUGACCGUGGAGUUAAUACCUUUUCUCCCGAAGGACGUCUAUUUCAGGUUGAAUAUGCGAUCGAGGCCAUUAAGACCUCUGAAGGUGUUGUCCUGGCUGUAGAAAAACGCGUCACCUCCCCACUUUUAGUAUCAAGUAGUAUCGAGAAGAUCAUGGAAAUUGAUACCCAUUUGGGUUGUGCGAUGAGUGGUUUAACUGCCGAUUCUAGAACAAUGAUAGACCAUGCUAGAGUUGAGGCACAAAAUCAUCAUUUUACCUACAACGAAAAAAUUAAAGUAGAGUCUGUCACACAAGCUGUAUGCGAUUUGGCACUGAGAUAUCACGCCGAUCCCUCUGGUACUUUUAUGCAAUAUGAUGCUAAAGCUAUUGGUUCCGGAUCUGAAGGUGCUCAGACAGAAUUGCAAGAAGAAUAUGAUAAAUCUAUAAGUUUGGUGAACGCCGAAACACUGUCUCUUAAAGUUCUCAAGCAAGUCAUGGAAGAAAAAUUGAAUAAUACAAAUGUUCAACUUGCUUCUAUCACGCCAGAACAUGG